CCCCUUCUUUUUUCUCAGCCUUUUUCCUCCUCACCUCAGCCAUGGAUUCCCCCAAAAAACAAUCUUUGAUCUGGGUUUUCUUUCUCCAACUUCAUCUUUUUCCUUUCCCUGCUCAUCAUUCUUUUUUCUUUCUCUUAUUCUUUCUCUCUCUCUUCUCCCUUCUUCUUCCUCUCUCAAAACCCAGAUCUGGGUUUUUCUAGAUCUGAGUUUUUCUCGGAUUAUGUUCUAGAUCUGGGUUUUUCUCGGAUUAUGUUGGGUUCUAGACUCAUAAAGCUUUUCGAGCUUCGUAAACUCCGAAUCUUGUACCGGAGCUCAUUUGUUUUUCUUCGUCGCAGAAAGCCCUUUCCGAUGAUGCCCAGACUUGGCUUACAAGUGUCAAGCGUGUGUUUAUUUGAGUUAGAUGUUGAAUGCGCCUUGCUUCCCACAGCAAAUUGUGAAGGUGCCAAUGUGUUUUAGAAGGUAUAUAUUUUGUAUUUUCCUAAACAAUAAUACGGGUUUUCGGGUGUAUUAUUCGGUUGUUCGGUUGUUGGGCUUGGAACCGAAGCCCGCACCGAUUUUAAACGGUUGAUGCGUAAAACCGUUCCUUGGGCCCGAAGCCCGUUUGUAACCGCACCGCAAGCCCAAUUUUGCUGCGGUUGUCGGGCAACCGAUCGGUUGCCCGCGUGCGUGCCCACCCCUACAUACAGGCCACUGACUCUGAGCAGUUACUUUAAAGAAAGCGUUCUCCCAUGUAAGAUCAUGAAUUGAUUUUAUUAUGUUCUCCCAUGUGACUGGGAACGAAUACCUCCAAAAAAGUGGGACUUUCGGAUGCAUUAUUUUGUUGAUCACGGGUGGCAUUUAUUUUUCUUUUCCUCUUUGGUUCACUCAACUAUUCUUACAUAUAUGAUUCUGAUCUUACUUUACCUUUAAUGGAGUUAUUUAUCUCUAGUUUUUACUCAUUAUUUAUCUAUUGAUUCUUUAAUUUUGUAAUUACUUGAUUGAAUUUUACUAAUUAUCAAUACUUGAUCGAAUGGUACAGCAGCUUCCGCCUAUUAUCUUAUUUUGGUGCCCAUCAGCUGGUUAUUGAAAUGCCCUAUAGAUAUUCUAAGCCAAAUCUGCACAUAAAAUUUCAUAUUAGUU